AUGAACGGCACGGAGGGACCAUAUUUCUAUGUCCCUAUGGUUAACACCACCGGCAUUGUCCGGAGUCCUUAUGAUUAUCCUCAGUACUACCUUGUCAGCCCAGCAGCCUAUGCUGCCCUGGGUGCCUACAUGUUCCUGCUCAUCCUUCUUGGCUUCCCCAUCAACUUUCUCACUCUGUACGUCACCAUCGAACACAAGAAGCUGCGGACCCCUCUAAACUACAUCUUGCUGAACCUUGCGGUGGCUGACCUCUUCAUGGUGUUUGGAGGAUUCACCACAACGAUGUACACCUCAAUGCACGGCUACUUCGUCCUUGGACGCCUUGGCUGCAAUCUGGAAGGAUUCUUUGCUACCCUCGGCGGUGAGAUUGGGCUCUGGUCACUGGUUACUCUGGCUGUUGAAAGGUGGCUGGUUGUCUGCAAGCCCAUCAGCAACUUCCGUUUCGGGGAGAAUCACGCAAUCAUGGGUUUGGUCUUCACCUGGGUAAUGGCCCUUUCUUGUGCCGCGCCCCCUCUUCUCGGCUGGUCUCGUUACAUCCCUGAGGGAAUGCAGUGCUCAUGUGGAGUCGACUACUACACACGUGCAGAGGGUUUCAACAAUGAGUCCUUUGUUAUCUACAUGUUCAUCUGCCACUUUAUCAUUCCAAUGUGUGUCGUGUUCUUCUGCUAUGGUCGUCUGCUCUGUGCUGUCAAGGAGGCUGCUGCUGCCCAGCAGGAGUCUGAGACCACUCAGAGGGCUGAGAAGGAAGUCACCCGCAUGGUUAUUAUCAUGGGUAUCGCCUUCCUGAUAUGUUGGGUUCCUUAUGCCAGUGUGGCUUGGUAUAUCUUCACACAUCAGGGCUCAGAGUUCGGACCAGUCUUCAUGACCCUCCCGGCUUUCUUUGCCAAGACCUCCUCCGUCUACAACCCAUUGAUCUACAUCUGCUUGAACAAGCAGUUCCGCCACUGCAUGAUCACCACCUUGUGCUGCGGAAAGAAUCCCUUCGAGGAAGAGGAGGGAGCAUCUACUGCCUCCAAGACCGAGGCCUCCUCUGUCUCCUCCAGCUCUGUGUCUCCUGCAUAA